GGAGCCCAGCGAGGACUCACUCGUGUCCAGGCUGGAGGUGGUGACCCUGCCGUCCCGCCUGCCUGGGGACCUGCCUGUGAGGAGCUGUGCCCGGGAGCUCCGGCUGCCUGUUCACGAGUGGCCGCACACAGGACCUGAGGGGCAGUUUGAUGUGGGUGUGGUGGCAUCAUUUGGACGCCUCCUAAGUGAGGACCUUAUUCUGCAGUUCCCAUAUGGCGUGCUGAAUGUCCAUCCCAGCUGUCUCCCACGAUGGCGUGGUCCUGCACCAAUAAUCCACACAGUGCUUCAUGGUGAUAAAGUGACUGGGGUGACAAUUAUGGAAAUAAGGCCAAAAAGGUUUGAUGUAGGUCCAAUUAUUAAGCAAGAAGAGUUUGCUGUGCCUCCCCGCUGUACUGCGAAGGAGCUGGAAGCGAUGUUAUCAAAGAUGGGUGCAAACAUGCUGAUAUCAGUUUUGAAAAACUUGCCUGAAAGUUUAAAAAAUAAAAAAGAGCAACCAAAAGGAGGAGUAACAUUUGCUCCUAAAAUAUCUAUAGCUAAGAGUUGUAUAAAAUGGGAAGAGCAAACGGCCGCACAAAUAAUUCAGCUGCAUCGUGCAAUAGGAAAUAUGUUUCCUUUGCAGACACUCUGGAAGGGUACUACUGUUAAACUUCUGGAUUUUGUGGAAGUGGAUAAUAUCCCUGGUUUUGCUGAUCGAGUAUUAAACAACCAUGGAGCUGUUCCUGGUUUGCUACUAUACCAUAAAGCAUCCCAAAUGCUGAUAGCUCGCUGCAAGGAAGGCUGGAUCGGAAUCAAAACAGUCGUAUUAAAGAAGAAGCUUACAGCAGUUGACUUCUACAAUGGAUAUAUGCAUUCUUGGUUCCAGGAGAACGUAACAACAGUUCAUCAGGAAUGCAGAUUUGAAACACUCAAACUUAAAACAACAAAAAAGACUCUGACAGAGAGGGGAAUAUUGGCACAGGAUGUAAAACAAUAG